GCGUGCCGGAGUGGUUAUCGGGCAUGACUAGAAAUCAUGUGGGCUUUGCCCGCGCAGGUUCGAAUCCUGCCGCUCACGUAUUUUUUUUUUUUUUACAGUGGCCUUGUAGCCAACAAAGGCGAUAUUGUUUAUUUACUCAAGCUAUACAUAAAUUAAGUUGUUCUGGUCGUGCCGAAGUCGCCACCAUUUGUAGGUUUCAUUUCAACCUCAGCUCUUGCUUUUCCAUUUUGCUUAAUUUCGGAAUAUGGGUAAGCUUGAUUCUUCAUUACUUCUUCAUUCCAUUGUUAAUGGUGGAAGGAACCUUUCUAGUUUCCACUAUUCUUUUGCUCGUUAUUUUAACAUCGUUUCUAAUCACAUGGAAACUUUAAGUGAGAAUUCGAUGUCUUUUAGGCGAAACUCAAAAACUUCUCAUCGCUUCGAUAAUGUUUAUGAUGCUUUGACUUUGUUUAAUGAGAUGAUUGAGCAGCACCCAAAGCGUUCUAUUGUUGAAUUCACUCAAUUAUUAGUAGCCCUUGUUAGAAUGAGACGUUAUGCCACUGUUGUUUCUCUGUGUAGCCAAAUGGAAUUGUUGGGAGUUUCCCAUAACGAUUAUUCUUUCAACACUUGAUUAAUUGCUUUUCUCAACUUGGUGGAAUUGAUUCUGGGUUUUCUGUUUUGGUCAAAAUGCUGAAGCUAGGUCUUAAACCUGAUUUUGUUACUUUUUCCACUUUGAUUAAAGGACUUUGUAAUCAAAGUAAGAUUUCUCAGGCGGUGAGUUUGUUUGAUGAAAUGAUUGAAAAAGGAUAUCAACCUGACUUAAUUGUUUACACUACAAUACUGAAUAGGUUGUUCUAUACCAGGAAUACUGAUUGAGCUGUUAGGUUUCUAAGGAUGAUGGAAGAAAGAGGUUUUGAACCCGAUAUUGUAGCAUAUAGCACUGUCCUUAACUGUCUUUGUAAGAAGUGCUUGCUAAAGGAGGCUCAUGAUCUCUUCUUCGAAAUGAGAAAGCAAGGCAUUAAGCCUAAUGUCAUCACAUAUACUAUAUUGAUCGAUGCAUUUUGCAAGAAGGGAGUGGUUUCUAAAGCCAAAGAUAUCCUUGGCACAAUGAAAAAGCAAGGCGUUGAGCCUAAUGUUGUCACAUAUAGUAUAUUGAUUGACCUGCUUUGCAAGAAGGGAAUGGUUUCUAAAGCUGAAGAUAUCGUUGGCACAAUGACAAAGCAAGGCAUUAAGCUUGAUGUUGUCACAUAUAGUACAUUCAUCGAUGCUCUCUGCAAGAAGGGAAUGGUUUCUAAAGCCGAAGGUAUUGUUGGCAGAAUGACAAAGCAAGGCAUUGAGCCUAAUGUUGUCACAUAUAAUACAUUGAUUGAUGUGCUCUGCAAGGACAGGAUGGUUUCUAAACCUGAAGUUAUUGUUGACACGAUGAGAAAGCAAGGCAUCGAGCCUCACGUAUAAUACAUUGAUCAAUGCGCUUUGCAAGAAAUGUUGGUUUCUAAAGCUGAAGUUAUUGUUGACAUGAUGAGAAAACAAGGGAUUUCUUCUAAACAAUUAUACCUCAAAGGCAACAGAACUUCUUACAGAAACGGUUGGUAAGGCUUUUCUGCAGGUUUGUGCACUGCCACCUUAUUUUUGGAUCUCGUCUUAUAUGGUAAAUCAAUCUUGACAUGACUCUCGCUUGUAAAUUUGAAUCAAUUUGCUUAUAAACAAUUAUACUGCUGUGACAAGAAUUUCUGGAAAUUAGAGUGAAUCAUAAUGUCUAUUUUCAGUUUAGUUGAGGAUGUACUUCAAAGAUUAAGGAUGAAUGAAACAAAUUCCAUACACCGUUUUUCACUUCUCAGACCCAUGGAAAAGCUAUUCUGGGACAUAAUCUUUUUCAUCUGAAGUCGAGCUUCGAAUUUCAUACAAAUGUAGUCUAAGUUUUGCUCAUUUAUUGCAGAAAACUACAUAUUUUUGUUGGUAAUGGCUGAUUAAUAUAUCAUCCCAUGAUUUGUAACGCUCAUCUACAUUAAACACACUAUUUUGACUUACAUAUCUAUCUCGAAGGUUUAACUUUGCAGGCUGUCUUAAUCUGAUGUAUCAGAUAGAUAAACAGCAAGAACCACAAUUAUAUCAAACUUUGCAGCUUCUUAAUUACCAUUCUUGCUUGAUGUCUGUUCCAAAUCGAUCUUUUCUUGCCAUGACCGCUUCAUAUCAGACGAUUCACACUCCAGCAUAGGCCUGCCAUCGGACGAAGAACAAGACGGGGGAACAGAGAAUGACAUUCUGCUAAUAGUUUGC